GCCUCGCGCCCCUUGCCCCGCGCCAUGACCGCGGCCGCCGCCUCCAACUGGGGGCUGAUCAUGAACAUAGUGAACAGCAUAGUGGGGGUCAGUGUGCUCACCAUGCCCUUCUGCUUCAAACAGUGUGGCAUCGUCCUGGGGGCCCUGCUCCUGGCUUUCUGCUCUUGGAUGACGCACCAGUCCUGCAUGUUCUUGGUGAAAGCCGCCAGCCUGAGCAAGCGGAGGACCUACGCGGGCCUGGCGUUUCACGCCUACGGAAAAGCGGGGAAGAUGCUGGUGGAGACCAGCAUGAUUGGGCUGAUGUUGGGGACCUGCAUUGCCUUCUACGUCGUCAUUGGUGACCUGGGGUCCACCUUCUUUGCUCGGCUGUUUGGGUUUCAGGUGACCAGCACCUUCCGCGUGCUCCUGCUCUUCGUGGUGUCUCUGUGCAUCGUGCUGCCGCUGAGCCUGCAGCGGAACAUGAUGGCCUCCAUCCAGUCCUUCAGCGCCAUGGCCCUCCUCUUCUAUGCCGCGUUCAUGUUCCUGAUCCUGCUGUCCUCGCUCAAGCAUGGCCUCUUCGGCGGGCAGUGGCUGCGGCGGGUCAGCUACGUCCGCUGGGAGGGCGUCUUCCGCUGCAUCCCCAUCUUCGGCAUGUCCUUUGCCUGCCAGUCUCAGGUCCUGCCCACCUACGACAGCCUGGACGAGCCAGCGGUCAAGACCAUGAGCUCCAUCUUCGCCUCCGCCCUCAACGUGGUCACCACCUUCUAUGUCAUGGUGGGGUUCUUCGGCUACGUGAGCUUCACUGAGGCCAUCGCCGGCAACGUGCUGACGCACUUCCCCUCCAACCUGGUGACCCAGAUGGUCCGCGCCGGCUUCAUGAUGUCGGUGGCCGUGGGCUUCCCCAUGAUGAUCCUGCCCUGCAGACAGGCCUUGAACACGCUGCUAUUCGAGCAGCAGCAGAAAGAUGGGACCUUCGCUGCCGGAGGCUACAUGCCGCCCCUGCGGUUCAAGGCGCUCACCCUCUCUGUCGUGUUUGGGACCAUGGUUGGUGGGAUCAUGAUCCCCAACGUGGAGACGAUCCUGGGCCUCACAGGCGCAACCAUGGGGAGCCUCAUCUGCUUCAUCUGCCCGGCUCUGAUCUACAAAAAAGUCCACAAGAACACGCUCUUCUCCCAGGUGGUGCUCUGGGUCGGCCUGGGCAUCCUGGUGGUCAGCACACUUACCACCUUGUCCGUAAGUGAGGAGACCCCUGCGGACUUGGACUGGGCAAAGGAAGCCCCUGGCGGUCAGCUCGCAGAGGCCAAGGGCGCAAUGAAGGUGGAAGCGGCCCAGCUCCCAGGCCAGGAUCCGGCCGUGGCCGUGGCCGUGGAUGGCCGAAAUAAGCCAAAGCUGCCACGUGAGAAGGACGAGGUGGAGCAGGCCCAGAUUAAGGGCCCAGUGGACGUGCCCCCAAGGGAGGACACCAAGGAGAAGCAGGAGGAAGUGCAGCUGGAUCGGCCCGGACAAGGUGUGGCGGUACCCGUGGGAGAGGCCCACCGCCACGAGCCCCCCGUCCCUCACGACAGGGUGGUGGUGGAUGAAGGUCAGGACCGAGAAGUAUUGGGCAAAGAACAUUCGUCCCAACAGGUGGAUGAAAAGGCUCCUGGGGGCAAGGGUCAAAGGGCGCCGGAUUCAGAGCGAGAGAGACGUGGACAGGCCCAGGACUUGGAGGCAAUGGGGGGUCUCCCUGAAGACCCCCGGAAGGCCCCAGAAGGAAAUGGUCAGCCAGCUGCGGAGCCUGCGGAGGAGGAACCAGUUGGCAGGGGUCUGCGCCCAGGGCCCCGGGCCGUGAUCCCUGAGGGGCAGGGCGCCCUGGGGGCAGGUGCCGGGGGUCCAGCCGAAGGCGUCCCGAUACCGGACCACGACCACGCUGCAGGGGCCGCAGGGAAGCCAGCCCCCGGGGCCAGGCAGCUGGCGGAGCCUCGAGGACAGAGGAGCCCGGAGGGCCAGGCCGGGGACCUUGUGGAGGGCCAGGCCGGAGACCACGCCGGCAGCAGGUUGGAAGAAGCCGGCAGGGUGGAGAGGCUGGACCACGCCGUCCUGCUGCAGGUGAUCAAGGAGCAGCAGGUGCAGCAAAAGCGCCUCCUGGACCAGCAGGAGAAGCUGCUGGCAGUGAUCGAGGAGCAGCACAAGGAGAUCCACCAGCAGAGGCAGGACGGCGAGGAAGUGGAUGUGCAGCCCGAGCCUGGGGUGGCCGCACCCAGGAGUAAGGAGCAGGCCCAGGAUGGGGGGACCGUGACGCAUGCACCCCUGCAGCCUUUGGAACCUGAGCUCAGGGCUCCGGGGCAGCCCCCAGCGCUGCCCCAGGGACACAGCCAGCACUCCCUAGAGGAGGCUAAGGGGGCCCCAGGCAGAGUCCCCGCAGGCCGUCCAGGUGGUGUUGGCACCGAGCCCCGGGCAGCGCAAACUGAGCGCAGGGGAGACCGGAAGGGCGCUGAGCCUGUGGCUGGGGUGCAGGAGCAGGCCCCAGAGCCAGACCUCGCCGGGGCACCCGGGAGCCCAGAGAAGCAUGAUGCUGUGGGCCUCCCUGGGCAGAGUCCGGACAUUCCUGGUGGAGGCUCUCAGGAGAGGAACAAAUCCCGUAAGGAGGCUGCAGCCGCUGGGGCCAAUGUUCAGGAGGUGGCAGUCGCACUAGGAGAGGGGGCAGAGGCUGGGGACCCUCCCAUGAAGCCCCAGCAGGUGAUCCGAGACCAGAGGCCUGCAGGCCUGUCCAGCAGGUCGGGAGGAGCAGCCCCUCCGGCCCAGGCUGUGCUACAUCAGCCGGAACAGCCUGCCGUCUCUGCCAGGGCUCAGGGAGGGCACCCAGAGGCAAGAAAGGAGGCCCUUGAUGGGGACCACGCGGGCAGGGACCAUGUGCCUACUCCCGGGGAGGACACUGCCAUCCGAGAGCCUGGGCAGAGGCCAGACCCUGAGCUUGGGCCCAAACAGGCCAUGCCUGGGGCUCAGAAGCCAGACAAUGCCAAACCGAACCGAGACCUGAAAGUUCAGGUUGGUGCCGACCUCAGGAGGAAACGGCGGGACGUGGCUCACGCAGAUGGGAGGCCGGCCCCCAAUGAGGGGUUCAUCAUCAGCUUCAACCCCCUGUCCGACGUGCAGGUCAACGACCUCCGCAGCGCCCUGGACACCCAGCUUCGCCAGGCCGCUGGGGGCGCUCUGCGGGUGGUCCACAGCCGCCAGAUCCAACAGGCGCCUGGGGCCCUGGAGGAGGCCUGAGCACCGGCAAGUGGCUGCCCCCUUCCUGGUCAGUUGGUCUCACCCGGCCGUGGCUGGGCCACCACCGACCCUGGAGCACAGUGGGCGCCGCGUUCUGGAUGUCACGGUCCAGGGCGGCGUCUCAGAGCUCCGUCUCACUGUGCGGCCUUCCCGAGUGGGCUCUGCCAUCAUGGACACAGAUCUUACCUCACUGUGGCCACCUGCUGGACUCCUUGGGACCACCACUCUGUGUUCUGAGACAGGGUCCCGUGCCCAGUGUGCUCCAGCACAGGCUGCCGGGACCAGCCCUGGCCACAGACCUCGUCUAUCUGAACUUGACCUGUCUCAUGUUGAGUGUUGUAGAAAAUCUUAAUAAACGUUCUGCCUUGACCUUG